AUGCGCGCAUUGGUCUGGCUGGCCCUGGUAUACUCUGGUAAGAUCGCUGGGGAACAUUUCAACCCUCAGCUGGUGCAGAACAGGCUAUUUGAAGGAUACCUUCUCGAGCAAGUGAUGAGGCAUAUCUUCACAGGACCAUCCUCUGAUCUUUGCGCAGACAGUGAAUCUGUUGGGACGUGUCCAUGUAAUGCACGUCUCCAUAAUAUGAUGGAGGUAGAAGCUGAGAAUAUUGCAUAUGGUAGCCGUUUCGCCAUCGGUUUGUGCAACAAGUGGAAGGAAGAAGACAGCACUUACAAUUACCGAGAUGUGUACUAUCAGAUCAUUUUGACAAUCUGUGACGCCACAGACCCUAGUUGGGCAAAGGCACUGCAUGAACAUUGGAACCUCAAAUUGUUCAAAAACAAACUUGGGCUUCGCGCCUCAUCUUCCAUGAACACCACCGAUGACAAUGACAAUGACAACUUCACUCUAAUGCGAAAGCAGUAUGAGCAGAGGCUUGCAGAUGAAGCCACUUUGCAGAUGGUUUCUUUGGAUUCUGGUCCUGGAGAGGAGCUACCUACUCCACUGAAGAGUCCAUCUGUUCCUGUCACUGCAUCUGAUGGCGCUAAAUCUAGCACGAGUCUGCCACCUGAGAUUCUGCCUCCCAGCCCAGAUCCAAAGCCUCAGGAAUCUGCAACAUCUGAGAAGCCCAAGGAGCAGGUAGUAUCUGCUAAGGAACCAGCCAUUAAUGAUUUCAGUGAUCUUAGUGAGCCUGAUGAACUCGAUGAAGAACCCCAGCCACCAAAGUCCAAAGCCAAGAGGGGCCAUAUUCGUAAGGCUGUUGUACAAUCGCCAUUACCAGCACCAAAGAAGGCCAAGACAAGCCACAAGAAGAAAUGA